UCCUUCCGAAAAUUCCCCCUUCCCGCCCGCCAUGGCGGCCGAACCGGACAAGGACAACCUAAACCAAGAACCGGUUGAGUCCAGCGCCGCCGCGUCCUCCUCGCCCUCCGCCAAUGGGGAGCCGCGCACUGCGUCCUGCUCCUCGCCCUCCGCCAGUGGGGCGCCCCGCGCCGCGGCAGCCGAUGCCGGAGAGGAUGAGCUCUCCUCUCGGCCACCUCCCGCUACCCUGCGCGUCGGAAGCUGCACCACCCUGCUGCAAAUCCGCGAGAAGCCCGGAGACGGAGACGGAAGCAGCGGUGGCACGGGCGGGCCGAGCUCCGCGGCGGCGGCGGCUGCGUACCAAAAGGGCAAGAAUCUCGCAAUUUACUCCCCGCCACACCCCUGUUCGAGCUCUGGCAGCAGUUCUUCCUGCGGGGCCGAGGUCGACUCAUCUGUCUCCAGGAACGCAGUUAGUCGAUGGGAGGAUACAGAGAAGCAGAGUUUUGGAAGAAAAGAAAGGAGGAUAACUGGUGCAUAUGUGAAUUGGCAGACGAUUCCAAUGAAUGAAGCUCUUGAGCAUUAUUACAGUGAUCCAGUUGAUCAGUCUAUGUCAGGACAGGGUUAUUUGAAUGUGAUGAACCUUCAGGAGGCCUACUCAGAAUUUAGGCCAGUCCGUGGAGAUGGAGAUUGUUUCUACAGGAGCUUCAUAUUUUCCUACCUUGAGCAAGUUCUUGAUAGGCAGGAUACAUGUGAGGAGGACCGUGUCCUUGAUGUCAUUGAAAGAGUAGCUAGUAGAUAUGCACAUCUGACAUGGACCUCCAGAUUUUCUGUGAGCCGCAAAGACCUAAACACUAUUGGCGUGCCAUCAGUCUUAAACCUUGUACUUUAACAACCAAUUGUACAUAAUGCACUGUAAAAUAUGUUUAUGCAGAUCAACGCCACUAAUGAGACAACAUAAUCUAGAAGAAUAUUAUUAUAUGCAUUAUUAAAUAUUGGUAUGACACACAUGUGCUGUUUCUUAUGGUGAAACCAUAUUAUUAUGGUAUUACUGUAGUAGAUGAUCAACAACUGAAGCUUCCAAGGCAAGAUAACCUAGUUGUAUUUGUGCAUAUUUGUUUAUCCUUCAUUGUUUAAUAAUAUCUUGUAAGCAUUAUCGUAACUGCUACUUGAACUCCUUUGUGGGUGCAAACUACCAGCUGUUAGUGAUUAUCAAAUGUGACUUAUCUGAGUCAUUGCUUCUUUCAGGCAUUUGAGAAGCUGAUAAAAAACGUAAUGAAAUGGAAGAGACAGAGGGAUACCUCAGCGUCAAGUAGCAGCUAUUGUGAGGAUAAACUUCUGGAGUUCUUCAACUCGGACACAAUAAUGCAACCAAUUUUUGUUUUUCUCAGAUUAGUAGCAGCUGUCUGGAUAUGCUCGCACAGUGACUACUUCGAGCCUUUAAUAGCUGAUCUGGGAGAAACUUAUAAUCUGCAAGAUUGGUGCUUUCAAAAUGUCAUUCCAUGUGGUGAGUGGGCAGAUCAUCUUGCAGUAAUGGCUUUGGCAACAGCCCUAGAGAUACCACUAAGAGUGAAGCAUCUGAAUGGUGGACCUGCUCAAGAUAUCUACACUGGUCAGGGAGUUCCUGCUGUUCAUGUGAUCUUGUUAUUAUACUCGGGGAAUUAUCAUGACAUCAUCUAUCCAGUCCGUUCAUCUUCUGAGACACUGUCAGUGCCCGGCACAACAAGUGAUUCCCAGUGCCAGUCCUACGAGGAAGUCGGGACAGCAUUGCUGCCCAGCGCGGCACGAGGCCUCACAUGCCAGGCGCUGCCAGGCACAGCAGGCGCUGUCCCGAUGCUAAUCCGCACAGUCUGGCAUGAAAAUUCUGAGGAAGAGCUGGAGGGGCUUCGGCUACUUCUGCAACAGGGAAGUGUCACAGUUGCACUGGACAUGGAAUUUAUGAGUACAGCAGGGAACCAAGUUCGCCCAGGAACAAUGACUAAGUGGUAUAGCAAUGUUUGCGAUUUGGUCAAUGGAGGGAAUGUUCUUGUUAGAGUACGUAAUGGGCCUAAUGGGCCCGUUAGUCUUAGAGUUAAUUAAAGAUAAGAGUCGCUUGCUUAGGGGUCAAGUAAGCCUUGCUUGGGAGUCAAGUAAACCUCUCUAUAUAAAGAGAGGAGAUGUAUCAAUCUAAUCAAGCAAGAAUUAAAAAGGAAAUCCCUUCCCUCUUGCCCGGCCGUGGGCAAAAAGGCCCCCGGCCGGCCCUCUCGCGCCCUCCUUCUAGCAGCGCCAUAACAAUUUGGUAUCAGGUAGCUCAGUUCCAAUCAUGUCUUCGUCGCCUCCCACCCCGUCGCUUCCGCUGCCGACCGUCACCACCGCGCCGCUGGCCAACUACACCGCGCCGCUGCCCUCCCCGUCCGCGCCGCUGGUCGCAUCCUCCGGCGCAGCCACCGCCCAGAUGUCGGCGCCCUCCAUCGCACCACCGUCCGCCGUCUACACCCCGGAGGAGAUCACCGGGGUCCUCAACGACCUCGUCACAGCCGUCCAGGGGAUCCGGCUGUACCUGGCUAGCCCCUACGGGCCGCCGCCGCCCCUGCCGCUGACCGCCACCGCCGGGCUGCCGGCCCUGCCGUGGUACUCGCCGCAUCCAGGGGCCUCCUCGGCAUUCGCUGGGACGCUACUGCCCCAGCUGCAGCUGUCGCCCACCGCCGCCCCGCAGUGGCCGCAGUGGCCGGGGCCGGCUCCUGCCGCGCCUCCAGCGCCCAUCGCCGCCCCCGCGCCGCCGUGGUUGCCGUGGCAGCCGCCGCACCAGGCGGCCUUCGCCGCGCUCGCCGGGCCACUGCAGCUGCCAUCCAUCGCCACCACCGC